CUUCCCGUGGCGUCAUCACGGUCAUGAAGCAGCAGCUCCAGGCCAGACAGGAGCGCGUGGACAGGCGGUGCCCGCGGCUGUGACGUCACUCAUACAGUACCUGGCCUGUGUGAAGCCAUGCACAAGCACGUGUUUCUGACCGGACCUCCAGGUAUUGGAAAGACAACUUUAAUUCAAAAAGUCUCUGAAGUGCUGACGUCCUCAGGCGUUCCUGUGGAUGGAUUUUACACAGAAGAAGUCAGGCAGGGGCCUAGAAGAGUCGGAUUCGAUGUUGUUACCAUGUCUGGAAAUCGAGGAAAACUGGCAAGAAUUAGUGGGAGCAAUGAGAGCAGUAAAUACAGAGUUGGCCAGUAUGCCGUGGACAUCGCUUCAUUUGAGCAAUUGGUGAUUCCGCUUUUGGACAACCUUAAGUCACCCAGAAGCUCACCACGCAGACCUGUGUGUGUUAUUGAUGAAAUUGGGAAAAUGGAGCUAUUUAGCCAACCAUUUAUUUCGGGUGUGAAGAAAGUUUUGGAUAACUCCUCUGUUGUAGUGUUCGGAACAUUGCCAGUAUCCAGAGGGAGAACUCUGCCGGUAGUUGAGGAAGUAAGACAUCGACAGGAUGUUAAACUGUUCACUGUUACAAGAGAAAAUAGAGAAGACAUAUUGCAUGAAAUCGUGACCUCAAUACAAGACUGCUGUACUGGAAAAUCCAAAUGAGGAUUAAACAUUGUACUGAUGAACACGAAAUAAACCCACGCUACAUAACAUUGUCAAGAUCUGUAUGGCGAUGUCCUCAUAUCAAUCUGUGAAGAUAAUAUGACACUAAAAGGGGUUUGUUAAUACAUGGUUGCACUUAAAGGGGUAUUAACAAUUUACAUGCUAUGGAUAGGCCAUGAAUGUCCAAGUGUGAAAUACACUUCUUACACCUUAAAGGGGAUGUAUGUUUUAUUUGUUUUAUUAUUUGUUUAUAAAAUAGAAAAUCAUACGGUUUUGUAAGAUUUAUGCAUAGUUGCCAUCAGUCCUGAAUUUUCAGAAACAGUCCCUGCAAAUUUGGCUUGUCUCGGGCCUGAAAAUAGGUUGGGGUAAGGUCUGCCUGUAAAUGGACAGUCCAAGUAGGUUUUGGGAUGAGACCUACUUGUCUGUAAUUUACCAACUGCAAUGUUGGUAAGCAUGUUUAUGUAAUUAAAAUUUCUGCGAGACAGUGAGGUAGCCCGUCUGCCCAGUAGAAUGGCAGAGUUCCCAACAGUCAUCAAUUUGCGUGGACUAUCCCUAAUAUUUUGAGUCAGUCCCGGCAAAUUUUCAAGGGAUCUUGUCUGGUUUGUUUCUGAGAGGGAUUACAGGAGGAGGAAACCAGGAGAGAGAGGCAACGUGGCCAGCUUGCAGUGAUCGUCUGUGUGCUCGUGUGGAGAUGAGGAACUUGGUCUUCCCAGAUGCUUUGGAUUUCUGGUUCGGGAUAUCGGCAGCGCAGAUCUAAAUACCUGAACUUGUUUGUGGUGAAGGUGGCCUACUGCUAUAGAUCCUGCAGCGCCAAGAAACAGUGGACUCUGGACAAUAAGGUUUUUUAUUCUUAAUAUUCAUGUUGAUGCCCUCGUCAUGUGGCUGAGGUAGUAACAUAAGAGCAUGGACUCCACAGAGAGCAGGAGACCGCACAUUAGGGUUAGAAGCCAACAGUGUAAUGGUUGUAUAAAAUACAGCGUCAUGUACCAGG